CCGGGUAGGUCUACGUGGUGAGGAGUGGGACCUUUGUCCUGCACCAACACCACGAUGGAUGACUAUCCGAUGUAUGGGCUACUUGUUGGGUUCUCCCUCUGGGGGACCCUUUGGCGUCUCCUCUUUCCUCCGGGCUUUUGGCCCACUUUCACGUGUAGAGUAGGGCCCACUCGUGGUGGGACUUCCACCAACCCCUACACGAAGGAGGAGGAGGAGAAGAUGGCCGCCAUUCUGCAGGAGAAGAAGGAGAAGAAGGAGGCCAAGAAAAAGGCAUUGAAGGAGGAGCAGGCGGCGAAACUGACGAAGAUAGAGGAAGAGAUGGCCAAAGAGAAGGAGAGGAUACAGAAAGAAGGAGAAGAGAAGUUGAAAGAGUACAGUGGUAGUAGGGAUGAAGAGAUGGAGAAGCGAAUCUCCGCCAACUUAUCCCUGGGCGAAGAAGAAGAGGUGGCGAUGUAUAUCUCUAAAGAUGAUCAGGAAGCCGCUAUGAGAGCUUGGGAAGCAGAAAAGGAUGUUGUGAAGCGGCAGGCAUUGGAAGAUGAAAAGAGGAUGGAGUGGAAGUUGGCAGCGAUGAGGGAGAAGAAGAGGAGAGUGGACGCGGCAGCGGAGGCGGCAGAAGAAUUAGAGGAAGCAAAGAAUAUAGAAGAGCAACUGGCCGCCCAGACCGAACUCCCAACGCAAAUGCGAGUCAUAGCCCGAAACGUUGCACGCCUGGCACGAAUUCAGGCGGAGCAAUAUGAUUUUAGUAGGAGUCAACAUAUAGCUGUGCGUUCCAUAAAGUUCGGGUUUCGGCGAGCUCCCAAGGAGGAGGAGGCACGUCCUCCUCGUCGGGAACCGGUCAAAGUCAAAUUCCCUAAUUCCUACAGUGGAAAAAGGGAAGAGAACUUCGACAAUUGGGAGGCCAAUGUCAAGACCUAUUUGCAUCUGCAACAGGUCUCCCCGGAUCAGCARGUUCUGAUUGCGAUUCACGCGCUCAGAGAUGAAGCCGCCAACUUUGCAAGGUCCCUAGUUCGCGCUGCCAAUUGCAGCGAUGACCCCGUUGCGUACUCCUCAUUCACUUCCCUCACUGAGUUCUUGAAGCUGUUGCGCGAGAGGUUCGCCGAUGUCGCCCAUAGCGUUAAGGCCUCAGACAGGCUGCAGACGAUCCACGCUCGUAAGUGGAAGAGCGCCAGGGCACUUAAGAGUACCAUGGACGAACUGGUAGCUGUCCCUGACCACGGAGUUACAGACACCCAGUUGGUUGGCCUCUUUUAUCGGGCUAUACCCGAAGCCCUCCGAGGGCAUUUCUUCGCAAAGAGCGAAGACCCUGCCACUACAUACCAUUCCCUUAGUCGCGAAGUAGUGGCUUUUGAAGCCAAGUCGGCGUCUGUGUCCACUUUCUGGCACAUGGACUUGGACAAGGGUAAGCAAUGGAAGAGCCGCACUAUCUCAGGGCAAGUAAAGACCAAGGACAACCUUGUCCUAACCUUAGAUGAGGGUAGUGUGGAUGAGAUCCCCUACGACCAGAUUGAGUGGGGGUUAGAGGAGGAGGACAGUGGUGUGGGCCAAGGGAGAUCUUACGCUACUGUCGCGGCUGGAGGGAGACCGCAAGGAGGAAGAGGCCAGGGCCAAGGGGGCCGGGCCUCAGGGAGUCGAUUUCAGGGCGAUCAGAGGGUUGGCGGCAGAGGAGGAAACCGCCAAGCGGGAGGCAAGGGUCAAGGUCCCCCGCAAAACCAAGAGUAUGUAGAGGGAGUCCAGGCGUAUUUCCGCCUAAAGAAGGAUGGGAAAGUGGAGAAGGUCCUCCACUCCCUGACUCUCCUCGUAGAAGACAGCCUCCCAUUCGACAUUGUUCUGGGAAUGGAUUGGGGAGAUGCAGCCGGGGCCACGCUCCAUUUGAAGGAGCACGAGUGUAGGCUCCCUAGUUCUUCACGCGAGGCUAAGACUGCCCGCCUGUUCCAUCUGUCAGGCAUAGAGAAUUCCUUGGCACAUUAUUGCCUGAGCGCGCCCGCAUUCGCCAGAUUGGUGAAGAAGGAGAAAUUGGAGGAACAGGUCUUUGUCGCCUAUAUCAGGCCAGUGACUGAGCCUAAGGAAGAGAAGCCCGUAGACCCUACUAUUGCCAAAUUGCUGGAAGAGUUCAAGGAUUUAACUAAGCCGCCGACAGGCACGGUGCCGCGGCCCAUCCAGCACCGUAUUGAGAUAGAGCCUGGCAGUAGAACUCCUAAGGGUGCUGUAUAUAGGAUGUCCCCGCGGGAGUUAGAGGAGCUACAGAAGCAAUUGGGCGAGCUCCUCAAAAAGGGUUGGAUUAGGCCCAGUUCGUCUCCUUUUGGAGCCCCUGUUCUCUAUGAGUGUUGUCGGCGAAGCUGGAGGACUGUGGAGGAGCGCGACGAAGGAGGAGACAACUAUAGCCUUGGCUGGAGCACUCUGCUCCACCUUGGCAAGCUGGUCUCUAGGGGGACUCUGCAGCAGCGUGGUGAGGAGCGGCAGCGGAGCGUGGCAAGAAGUGACGGGGAGCACGACAAGUGGUGGGGUUAUGCUGCCGAAAUACCGCGGCGUCGGCGCGACACCUUUAUUCUGAGGGGCGAAGCUGCCGUUUUCAAGGCACGUCUGCGCCACUUUGUUUUGAAGAGUGAUGCUGCCGUUUUCACGGCACGGUCUGCUACCAUUGGUGUGUCCGGUGGCAGCAGCGUGACAUGGUGGCGGUUGACAACAUGCGACGGUGAGUAAAAAGACUAUGUAUAAAAGUGGGACAAAAUGCUAUUUGAUAAAAUGGCGGAGAAUUU